CGCAGGUUAUGGGUUGGGUUUGAGGUUUUGGAAGCUUUUUCUAAAAGUCGAUCUCCUCACCCCAUUGUAUUUCUGAAGUGUGAAGCCGUGGUGAAGGCUGGUGGUGAGCAAGCGGAUGCCGGCCAAAAUGCAGCUCCUUAUCAGAUGUAACAGGAGGAUUUUCCUGGCUAUUUGUUUAAUCCUCUUUGUGGGAUACACAGCACAAGGUGCUCCGUUGCAGAAGGCAAGGUACAAGAGAGUGAGGUGCCGACCUGACGCCUGGUCAGCUAACUGCAUCGAAGAGCAGGGGCCCUGGUUUUACAUGCCCACCGGUGGAGCCAACAGGAUCCUUCCUCCCAUGGCAGACCCGUCCCUGAUGAAGCGAUACCAGGACCUGGAAGACAUAUUCCCUCUCUCGGAUGAGGAGUCCGGCUCCGGUUCCGAUGCCGCGGUGGAAGCGGAGCCAGCCUCCGGGUCGGGGCUCGGUGACGGUGACAGCUUCUCCGAGGCGAAGCUGCCUGUCUUCCUAGCGGGCCCUCGAGGCGGUGAGCUGAAGCAAAAGCUAACGGAGGAGGAUUUACUCUUAUAGGGCUGUGGACGUCGGCCUCCUCGUGCCGGCGGUGGCUGCCCUCACCCCCCGCGCCCCUCGCCCAGCGCCUGACCUGAUGCAGCGGCCACGGAGCAGUUUUAAGCCGACUCCGAACCAAUAAAAAACUUCGCCUUAA